AUGGCGGAGUGCCGAAGGAAUCGUGGUCAUGCCAGUGUGGUGUCAGCUCUGGCAACACCAUCACUUUGCCCUGUGGUCGUUACAAUCAGCCACACUGCAUUAAGAUUUGAGUAUACGAAAGCACAUGUUAAUGAAGCUACUUUGGACAUUUUGUCGCACGUGACUGAUCAACUGUUGCAAGAUAAUGAAGUUGGCAUGGACGCGGAGGAGAAGGACACCAUCUACCAUCCAAACUCCAAACCCGAUUAUCUAAGACUCCGUUAUUAUUUAGAUAUUUAUAAAAUAUUUCUUACUCCUAUAACUAUAUACUCUAGUUUAGGGAGGAUAUCUAAUUAUUCUUCCUCAUUCUACGCUGGCUUAGCGUAA